AUGGAUAUGGAUAUUAACAGCAGGGGAGCCACCCCCAUCACGGCCGAUGCUACGCAUGAAAUCAUUGCCUGUUCAAUUUUGAGCAUGGGAGCUGAUAUUCAGGCCAUGGCGGAGGCAUGUCGGAGAUCGUAUCUGAAAAAGCCGUUAUCCCAAUUUUCCAAGGUUGACCGGGUUGUCAGCAGUGAGCCACGCGUUCCGGAUAACGGGAAAGAUUCUUUUACGUUGGAAGGUUUGGAGGAGCCAUUUCAAACCGGUAUUAUUCGUACGGUUAACUCUGAUCAUCCCGCCCGUCAUGUUGGCGUUGAGCUGAGACUUUUACCCAAGGAAAAAGCCAGUGCAUUUUCUAUUGAAGUUUCCGAAGGUUACACCGAGAAUCCCCCCAAAAUAACUCGACGUGCUGGGUUAAAGCGGCGGUCCAUCGUAACAUUAUUCCAGGGGGCCGAAACUGAUGCGGACACAGCAAUUCCCGGUGAGUUGGGGGUCAACCCGUAUAUUAUCGGGGAAAUGCUGUGCAUGAAAGAGGGAUCUUCCUGUGGUUAG